UUCAAGACGAGGUCCAGACGACGUGACGUUUUGGGUAAUUAGGGCUAGACGCACCGGGCGGAGUCACGUGCGAUGCGGUAAUUCCAAGAAAGCUUCGGAGCCUCAACGGUUGCCUUUGUCUCUUUCGCUUUCCGCUCCUUCAGUUGCCACGACCUCGUCGAUCAGCUUGAAGGCUUCUGACCUUCCGCAACUGUCGGAUACUCCGGUGGGAUUUCAUUCUCCCGAUGGGUGUAUCCCUAUACGCCGCCCAGGACCUUGGAAGCUGUCGAGUUCCAAGACGAUGGCACCUCCGAGCGGGUCGGCGGCAUACAAGAAGAAAGAUGGCACCCUGACCAUGUCGCAGGAUCGCCAGUCGGUCUCUUGGAUCCCGGCUGCUGGUGGUGCAUCGGGAACUAUCAUGUUGCCCGUGGCUCAAAUCACAAGUACGUACCAAAAUUCUUUUUAUCUGAGCUGUUUCUCUCUCACUUUGAGCUUGCCCCAGGCGGGACUCUGGGUGAGGGGAGUGUCGAGUUAUGCAGUUUCCUUGCCUGUAGUAAUGAGAUAUACAAGGUUUUUUCACUGUUAUGCUAAUGCGAUACACUUCUAGAUUUGCAGCAAACUCCCGCCAGUAAUCCCAAGGUGAUGCUGAAGAUAUUCGUCCAGCCCCCCAACGCAUCUGCCGGCUCCCCCGAACAAUACGUUUUCUCCUUUACAGCCGGCGCCAACGCGCGUGCGGAAGCGGACGCCAUUAAGGAUGCGCUUAGUACAGCUAUCCAAGCAGCCAAAACUGGCCAUGCUAGCCCAGCGCCGGCAGCGGGCAACGGCGAAGGCAUGUCGGCGGCCAUGGCUAUCGCGAAUGCAGUAUCGUCGACGGGCUCGGGGAGGAAUACUUGGGAUGACGAUAAGAAGCUCAAAGCCGAUGUGGAACUACAACAAGCCCUGCUAAACUCGGAUCUCAAUCUGAAGCGCAUGUUGAUGGAGUCGCUUACCUCCAAACCCGAUACGAUGACCACCCCGCAGUUCAUGUCGCAGUUCUGGUCCACGCGAGUUCACCUUUUGCGGGCCCAUGCCAUCGAGCGAGCCCAGACGCGAGGGUCAUAUAACGUGCUGUCGACGUUGAAGCCGCGAGUGGAGGAUAACGUAUCGAAGAUGAACAUUAGCAAGGAGCAAAUCCAGUUGAUCUUCUCGCAGCAUCCCCUUAUCAAACGUGUUUACGAUGAAAACGUGCCGAAGCUCAGCGAGCAGCAGUUUUGGUCGCGGUUCUUCCAAAGUCGUUUGUUUAAGAAAAUGCGAGGGGAGCGCAUCUCGGAGAACGACCCCACGGAUCUAGUUCUCGACAAGUACCUCAAAGCCGAUGAGUCUGGGAACCUGCCGCGAGAAACGCACGUGCCUAAUUUCCUCGAUCUGGAAGGAAACGAGCUGAACAACAGUCAACGCCGAGGAAACCGGCCGGAUCUGGAUAUGAGACCGUCCGGCGCGGAUAAGGUGCCGAUCAUUCGAUCGCUGAAUAGUCUGAGUGAGAAGAUCAUGGCGAAUGUGGCGCCUGCCGACCGCGAUCCUCACGCGCCGAUUGGCAUGGACGAGGAAACGUACAAUGAGCUGCAGCUGCGAGAUCUUCGUGGCGACGAGCAGCAGAAUCGCAUCUUGCUCAACAUCCGGGAUCAAAGCCGAUUCUUCGCGUCCAAGUCGAAGGACGCUGACGACGAACAAAGCCGGCUUUUUGCCAAACAAGAUCCGGAGAAGAUCUUGCGCGACUUGCGCAUCGAAGUCGAACGCGAUCUGCCCGAGGACGGGACAGCUCCACUGGGAAAGCUCGUCGAGCCGGACGAGGACAGCGACGACGACGAGAAGAAGCAGCGCCAGCAGGUCGGCUCUCGGGCUAAUUUACAACGAGCGUCGAAUCAAAUUCUUGAAGCCAUUCGAGACCGUCGCGCGCAGACGGACGUCUCGUCUAGUACCGACACCUACGGCCUGUCCACCAACCUCUACGACCGCCUCAUCCUGACGCAUGCCACGACGACCGAGUUCUUGCAUCAGUUUUGGCAGGCGUUUCUUUCGGGGAAUGCGGACCGCGCCGGCGAAGUCGCAUCCUUGGUGGAGUCCUUGAACCGGGCCCAGGCGCGCAUCAAAUCCGUGGCGCAGGAUGCGGAGGCGGAGCGACAAGUGGAGGUCGAUCGACUCAAACGACAUGCACGCGAGGUGCUCGAAGCCACGGGGAGGAAAAUCCGACUUAAUCUGGGGGGAGUACCGGGGGGUGAGCAAGCUGUCAACCGGCUUCUGGGGCCCACGAACCAGGCAUUGGAAACGGCCUUGACACGAUACCAAACGGCGUAUGCGGAGGAAAUGAAAGAGAUGCCACCGACUACAUAACGAAGUAGCUAGAAUUUCAUGUAGUGUACAAUAGAAGUUGCGAACAUAAUGCAAUUUGAGUUCCGUUUGCCCUACAAAGUAGAGCAGGACAUGGUGGUCGGCAUGCCGAGAGUGACAGCGUCUGUAGCGGUGCUUUAAGCCUUUAAGAGGAACCUUCCCCACCGG